CUUGCGAGGACGUCGUCCAGCACGGUUGAAUGCAGUGAUGUGGACACUGUGAUUAUAUGUGUUUGCAGCCCUCUGCACGUGGCGACGAAAUGGGGACGCACGAAUAUGGUACCGCUGUUGCUGGCCCACGGAGCAGUGAUUGACUGCCGCACGCGAGAUUUGCUCACGCCGUUGCACUGUGCAGCUCGCUCGGGACACGACCAAGUGGUGGAUCUGCUCCUCGAAAAGGGAGCACCUAUUAACGCGAAGACAAAAGUAAGCCACUCCGUCGCGCACACCCUGCACCUAAUCUUCAGCUGCGCUUCUGGGCGAUCAGCACUUGCUCGUAUCCUGCUCUACCAUCGUGCGCCGGUUGAUGACGUUACAGUGGACUAUCUCACGCCACUUCACGUGGCGGCGCACUGCGGUCACGUGCGUGUUGCGAAGCUCCUGCUUGAUCGAAACGCCGACCCGAAUGCACGCGCUCUGAACGGCUUCACGCCGCUGCAUAUUGCCUGCAAGAAGAAUCGCAUCAAGGUUCCCGCUCCUUCGUUUCUGUCAUUCGAGCGGGUUGUGGAAUUGCUGCUAAAAUACCGUGCCUCAAUUGAAGCAACCACCGAGUCCGGACUCUCGCCGCUGCAUGUGGCCUCUUUCAUGGGCGCGAUCAACAUCGUCAUCUAUCUACUUCAGCAGGUUAUGCUUGUUUUAAACACAAGAUGACU